AUGGCUACAGUAUAUACUUCCCCUGCGGUCCGUUCCAGAGAGUGGAGUCUAGCCCAGCUAUUAGUGUGGGCCUUUUGGUCAGGGUUCCGUCAUGUACCGAGCGGUACCACUGCCUCCACAGCUGCUUCACUCUCGAACCUCCACUUAGCGUCCAUUGCGACGCUGUUCCGGUACGGAUCCCAUCCGCAAAUUAGGAUAGUCGACCCUAGUAUGGUACCCCCUGAAGGAAAUGAAGAUGGCGUUCUGGAUGCACGCGACUUGGAGGUAGAGCUGUUCCUCAAAGACAUGGAGGAUUGGCCAGAUACCAUUGCACAAUCGGACGAGCGAUUUGGUUGCACUAUUGGCGCUGUGAAUGCUGGAUGUGGUCAGCUGCCAUCGAGCCACGUAAAUGGCCGCUUCUCUCAGGAACCAGAAAACUCCACUGCAGCGAUCCAUGCGCUGAAUGAUUCCAUGAUCACCGAAAGUCCCUCAAGGUCGAACUGUCUACAAGAGGUUGGCCUAACCUCCAAACAUGGUAUUACAGCCCAAUUAGCGGCUACAAGCGAUCAUUAUUCGGCCGACGCAAGGGCCUAA